GGUAGCAACACAACAUGGUAGCAACACAACAUGGUAGCAGCACAAAACAUGGAACAAACAUUAUUGGGCACAAACAACAGCACAAAGGACAAGAAGGUAGAGACACCAAUACAUCACGCAAAGCAGCCACAACUGUCAGUAAGAGUGUCCAUGAUGGAGUCUUUAAAUGAAGAGAUGAAACUGUCCAGUUUGAGUGUUUGUUGCAGCUCGUUCCAGUCGCUAGCUGCAGUGAACUGAAAAGAGGAGCGACCCAGGGAUGUGUGUGCUUUGGGGACCUUUAACAGAAUGUGACUGGCAUAAUGGGUGUUGUAUGCGGAGGAUGAGGGCUGCAGUAGAUAUCUCAGAUAUCCCUAAGAGGGUUUUAUAAAUAAGCAUCAACCAGUGGGUCUUGUGACGGGUAUACAGAGAUGACCAGUUUACAGAGGAGUAUAGAGUGCAGUGAUGUGUCCUAUAAGGAGCAUUGAUGGCAAAUCUGAUGGCCGAAUAGUAAAGAACAUCUAGCCGCUCGAGAGCAUCCUUACCUGCCGAUCUAAAAACCAUGUCUCCGGGAUCACACGUCUGUCUACUUAGCUAGCUAUUUAACGCUAGUCAACAGAGUUGAGUUUACUAACGACCUAGAUUAAUAUCAAUCUUUGAUUAAAUUCAAACUCACCCUUUUGUCCACACGAUUUAUCCUUUACGACAAAUGUGGUCCUUGUCUCCUGUUUAUAAUGCUUCAGAUGGUCUUCAAAAGCCUGUAGUCCAGUAAAUUAUUGAAGACCAGAAGUGGUUAUCUACAAUCAUUGUAGUGAUUGAGAAUUCCUGAGGCAACUCUAGCUAUGUCGGCCAUGAGAAGGUUAAUGUCCAUUAUAAACUGGGUUCGAGCCCUGAAUGCUGAUUGGCUGACAGUCGUGGUAUAUCAGACCGGAAACCACGGGUAUGACAAAACGUGUAUUUUUACUGCUCUAAUUAUGUUGGUAACCAGUUUAUAAUAGCAAUAAGGCAUAUCGGGGGUUUGUGGUAUAUGGCCAAUAUACCACGGCUAAGGGCUGUGUCCAGGCACUCCGCAAUGCAUCGUGGUUAAGAACAGCCCUGAGCCGUGGUAUACUGGCCAUUUUGCUUAAUUCUAGUAUUCCAAUUCCUAAUUCUGUGGAUAAGGUCAGCAUGCAGUACCGUCUCUUUAACAGCAGGCGGCAGCACUAUCCCUCUGCUGAGAUAACUGCUUGUCACUAGUUACCACUGCCACAAAGUCAAAUUUGACGGUAUCGUAAAAAUGUAUUUGCUUUUUGGUCUUAAUUUAAGGUUACGGUUAGGCAUACGGUUAGCAGUGUGGUUAAAGUUAGGUUUAAGGGUAGGGUUAGGUUAGGUUAAAAAUCAGAUUUUAAGAAGAUCAAUUGUAGAAAUAGGCGGGGUUUUGCCAAAAUAAAGACUUUGUUUCUAUGGUAACUACUGACGACCGCGAUAACCCAAUACGUCACUUCCGCUCUGACUCUCCCAGCAGGAAGAUGGCGGGUACUUCGAAAGAACACCGACUGUCCCAACAUGUUUACGCUACUCUACAGACCCUGUCAUGUUCCCUGGUGGAAGGUCUAUAUCUGCGUGAGGCUGACAGUAUGCAGGAACUACUGUGUACUCCAUCUCAACACCGCACCGACAUACUGGCAUGGAUCUGUAGCAGCAUCUGUCCAUCUCUCAGUAAGAAACUGUCAUCACUCAGAUCUAAAGACCCAAACUCCCUCAGCCAAGGGCUGGCAGUGUUUGGCCAGGAGAUGAUGCUGUGUAGAACAGACGACCUGGACCUGAUCACGGGCCGGGCCUGCCCCCUGCGCCAGCUGUGUUUCCUGGAGCAGCUGCUGACUUUAGUGCCUGGCUCCGUGGGGCCUAGUGGGGACAGCAGGGCCGAAGGAGAGGGCCUACUGAAGGAACUCUUCUGUCCUGAAGCUCUGCCUCACCUGACACACGCUCUCACCCCUACUCUCACCCCCUGGCCCUCUGACAUCAGGGGUGCCAGGAAGGGUCAGAGGUCACUACCCAGCAGGCCGAGGGGCGAGGAGGUUGCUGGUGUCACAGCCCUGCUGGAGUCCACUCACACCGCUCUGAAACAGCUGCACGACCAGUGUGUGUUCCUGCGUGGUGAGGAGGCCAGUCCGAGCCGGUUCUCUGUGUGCGCGUUACGUGUAGCUGUGUCUGAUCUGACGCAGAUGAUGAGUGUGUUCAGCCGUGUGUACGACACGGACUUCAGAUCCUACUGCUGCAGAGACCCUCCCAGCCUCAGAUCACACACACACAUCUUCAGCACUGUCCACAGGCUGCUCACCGCCUGCAACACGGAGCUAGAGGUCCUGCGGCAGGUAUCAGAGGUGUCUGUCUGUCUGUCUGGCACGGUGAAUGAGGUUCACUCAGACCCUUGCUACUGGAGCCACGGACACAAACACACCCUCUCCACCCAGUUGGAGGACCUUACCAAGAGAUACACAGAGUUCCUUUCUCUUCACCACGGCUAGCAGGCUACCGCUAACCGAACCCUGAACUCCAGACUGAAGCUAGCAGGCUACCGCUAACCGAACCCUGAACUCCAGACUGAAGCUAGCAGGCUACCGCUAACCGAACCCUGAACUCUACAGACAACUAUUAGCUUGCUACUGCUAACUCUCCAUGAUCAUCACAUGCUAGCAUCAAUGUUAACUUUCCUGCCUUUCAAUGCUAAGAUUGUUCUGGUAUCAGUGCUAACUGUGUAACUGUUACUAGAGCAGAUCAUUAUCUAGCUUUCCAUGUUCCCAUCUUAGUAAUUAAAAAUUUUCAAUACCAUUUCAAA